CUUGGCUCGAGUUUAAAUACUUGCGAAAUUGUGUUAAGCUCUAGUUGCUUUACUUCAUUCGCAUUUAGUCAUCCUAUGCGUUUAUACAGUUUAAAUUCAGGGAAGCCUAUUUGUUAUGUGAUGUGAGAAAUAUGUUCUACAAAAAUACAAUUAUACACGUAUAUGCCAUCAGUAUUCUCUAUGAUGAGUGGAUUACAGUCAAAUACUUUUGAUAAUAUCAUCCUUUUAUGUGAUUCAUACAAAGUGAGUCACUAUUCUCAGUAUCCUGCUGGCACAGAAUUUAUUUACUCUUAUUUCGAAAGCCGUGGCGGGAGAUUUCCCAAUUCUGUAUUUUUUGGAUUGCAGUAUAUUUUGAAAAAAAAUUUAGUUGGUCAAGUAGUCACACAUGAAAAAAUUGAUGAAGCAAAAUCUAUUUUACUCAGCCAUUUCGGUAGAGAUAUUUUCAAUGAAGAGGGGUGGAGAUACAUUGCUAAUCACCAUAAAGGUUACUUACCAAUUAUUAUUAAGGCAGUACCUGAAGGUACGUUGGUGCCUACAAAAAAUGUCUUAAUGACUGUUGAAAAUACCGACCCAAAGUGUUACUGGCUUACUACGUAUCUUGAGACUAUAUUAGUACAGGUUUGGUAUCCGAUGGCUGUGGCAACAAAUUCACGAGCAAUGAAACAAAUUAUUGUUAAGUAUCUUCAUGAAACUGCAGAUGACUGUUCUACAGAAUUUAGACUACAUGACUUUGGAUUCCGAGGUGUCUCCUCCAUUGAAUCUGCUGCAAUUGGUGGCACUGCACAUUUAGUGAAUUUCAAAGGAACUGACAGUUUGGUUGCCUUGUUAUUCGCCAGGAGGUAUUAUAAUUGCCCAACAGCUGGAUUCAGUAUACCGGCCACAGAACACAGUGCAAUGACUGUAUGGGGUGAAGAGAAUGAAACAAAUGCAUAUUCAAAUUUACUCAAUUUAUAUCCUGAUGGAACAUUCGCCUGUGUCUCCGAUAGUUAUGAUAUAUGGAAUGCAUGCAGUAAUAUAUGGGGUGAAGCAUUACGUGAUAAGGUUAUAAAUCGUAAUGGUACAGUUGUUAUUCGACCGGAUUCAGGUGAUCCAGUUGUAAUUAUGCCAAAAGUAUUAGAUAUUUUAGGCAGCAAGUUUGGAUAUAAAAUCAAUUCUAAAGGUUACAAAGUUCUACCAUCGUGUAUACGAGUUAUACAAGGUGAUGGUGUUUCAUUAGAAUCAUUAGAUCCUAUUCUGAAUAGUAUCAAAAUAGCUGGUUGGAGUGCUGAAAAUGUUAGUUUUGGGAGUGGUGGUGCAUUAUUACAACGUUUAAAUCGUGAUACACAAAAAUGUGCUUUCAAAUCAAGUUUUGCUAUAGUUAAUGGUCAUAAGAUUCAAGUUUCCAAACAUCCAAUCACUGAUCCACAAAAAAAUUCGAAAAAAGGUCGUUUAACAUUAGAAAAAUGUCCAAUAACCGGUAUACUUAUAACUGUAGAAGAAGGUUGUGGUAGUCCAUAUAAUGAUUUACUUAUCCCAGUUUAUGAAAAUGGUGUCUUAUUAAAAGAUUAUACACUGGAUGAAAUACGUGAACGAAUUGAAAAGUAUCCACUUGAAGAUUAACAUAUAUAUUUGUUCUUUUUAUUAUUGAUCACUUACUAAUGAUUAUGUAAUAAAUUUAAAAUGAAUAACAAUGUGAUGACUAUUUUACUAUCCAGGUAUUUUCCUUUUAAUAAUAAUUUGCAUCAUUUUCCGGUACAAUUUUACCCCUUCCUAUCUCCUUUUUUUUGUAAACAUAUGUAUGUAUGUAUGUGUGCGUGCGUACGUGCGUGUGUAUGUGUAAAUGAAACUAUUACAGAAUAUGUAUACAAACAAAUAUUCUAUAUGUAAUCGUUCUUUAAGGGAUUUCUUAUAAAUAAUAUCAGAAGGGGUUUUUGUGAAUAUUAUAAGUAAUUUCAAUGGUAUAGAUUAUAUGAGAUAAUUGAAGCUGAAAGCUUCCAGGUAUAUUUCCAUGGUAAUCUAGCUUCAAUGGAAUCAUGAUCUCAACUAUUGAAAGUAUUAUAUCAAUUAGUUUAAUAAACCAUUUCAUUUUAUGCAUAUAUAUAAUUAGAAAUAGUUUUUUUUAAAUAUAAACUAUCAUACUACUUAUUAGAUGAUAUUAAAUAAGUAGUAUAGAAUAGAUUUGAAUAUAAAAUAAAAAAAUUAUUCUUAUUAUUCACUAUCAUUUGAGUAGUUGUUAAAUCUUGUUUUAAAAAAAAGAAACAGAUAAUAUUGAUGAAAUAUAAAGAGUGUUUCAUGUUUUUUUUUUGUUGCCUAUCAUCUUGAUUACGUAAUCAAAGUGUAUUCAAUCAUAAUAAACAUUGAAACGAUCGAGUUUUCUUUUGUUGUUGUUUUUCUUUUUUUGUUUUUGCUCAAUGAUUGAAAUCUUCUUGAAGUAUGAUUUAUAUGGAGUUUCCUUUUUGUUCUGUUUUGUUUUUGUUUUGUUUUUGUUUUUUUUUUCUAAUAGAAAAUUUAUUAUUUGUAUACUUGAUCAUUGUAUUUGACAUUUCAUAUUUGCUAAUUUAUCCCCUACCCUCCAUCCCUCCUUCUGUACGCAUCAACAUACAUAUAUAUGUAUAUAUGCAUAAAAUAGUAAAGUGAUGUAUAAAUGAAGGAGGAGGAGGAAGAGGAGAAGGAGGCUAAUUUCCUUCUUCUUGUUUGUAUUGUGUUUUUUUUUCUAGAAAAAAAUUUCUUUAUUUUUCCAUGAACAGAGUAUGAAUGAUUGUAAACAAUAUAUUUGUUUGUUUGUUUUUUUUCGAAAUAAAAUGAACUUAAUUAUUAGUGUUUAUAGUUCUAUGUAGCUUUUCAUCGGUUAUACAUGUAUUUGUGUAGGAAACACUACUUACUUACUUACUUACUUAC